AGAAGAGGACGUUGAUUAUACUCAGUAAUAGUAACCACAGACCUGUCAGUUGUAUACAUAUCGUGUAGACAGCAGUUACACGCGCCAUGCACUUUGUGUGUUGAAAGUCUAUGUUUUAAUCAAGGCCCAGUCAUGAUGUUGAAGGAGUACCGAAUUUGUAUGCCACUCACAGUGGAGGAGUAUCGUAUUGGCCAGCUGUACAUGAUAGCCAAGCACAGCCAUGAGCAGAGUCAGCGAGGGGAGGGGGUGGAGGUGAUCAAGAAUGAACCCUGUCAGCACCCAGAUUACGGGGAAGGGCAAUACACAGAGAAACGCAUCUACCUAUCCAGUCGGUUACCAAACUGGAUGCAGGCAUUAAUUCCAAAUGUGUUUUACAUUACUGAAAAAGCCUGGAACUUUUACCCCUUCACAAUCACAGAAUACACGUGUUCUUUCUUGCCACGGUUUUCUAUACACAUUGAAACCAGAUAUGAGAAUAACAAUGGCAGCUCAGAAAAUUCUUUAGGGCUUCCUUCGGAAGACAUAUCACUUCGAGAGGUGGAUUUCAUUGACAUUGCUUAUGAUCCAUUAGUAGAAAAACAUUACAAAGAAGAGGAAGAUUGUACAAAGUUCAAGUCCAAGAAAACAAACAGGGGUCCAUUACAGAAAGGUUGGAGGGAAAACACGCAACCAAUUAUGUGUUCAUAUAAAGCCACGAGGGUGAAGUUUGAGGUGUGGGGACUUCAGAGCAGGGUGGAGGCUUUUUCUCACAAGGCUAUACGAGACAUCUUGCAGGUGGGACAUAGGCAGGCCUUUGCCUGGAUAGAUGAGUGGAUAGACAUGAAAAUAGAAGAUAUCAGGUCAUACGAAGUCGACAUGCACAAGAAAACGAAUCAGAAGGUGACGGCUAGAAGUAACAGUGUUGACUGAGGCAGCUGUCAUGAUUGUGCCCGACUGAGUUGUCUGCCCUUGUUCUCUGCAGUGCUUAAGGCUGUGUGCAGCGUACAUGCUUUGGUUUGACUGGUUUCACAGCUUUCCAUAAUGUGCAUGAUCAGAGCUGAAGAUGUGUUGGAGAAUGUUCAUCACCAGACUAAAGGGUUACACUGGCUUAUGUCUGACCAGUAUUUAUGUUUGGGCCUAACUAACCCUGGGUAAUCGACUUGGUUAUGUGAUGGGUGCUGACUUGUGUGCUCUAAACACAAGUUACGUCCAUUUUACUAUGUGUAACAGUUAAAUUUGCUCAGAAUGAACAGUUCCCAUUUCAUGAAGCUAAUCUGUUGUCCUGAACUACAAACAGAAGUGCUACAACAUGCGUUUAGUACAAUCAAUGGUCUGUAAUUUGUUUUUUUCUGCGAUCUCUUUAUCAUAACAAUUUAUCUGUUGGUAAUAUAUAUUACAUACCUGUAUUUUAUGUAUUAAAUUUUUUGGUUGUUUGUUUUGUUCCUUCCCAUUGGAGCAAGGUUUUCAUAUAGUUCCUGAAUGAACUUGUUGCACAGAACAGAUAUUUUUACAAUAUUUCAGGAAUGUUUCACAUGUUUUGAAAAAUAAAAUCUCAAGUAUAUGUUUCAGUAUAAGGUUGUGUUGAUCACAGAGCAGGGAUAUAAAUGGCUGUACAAAUUCAGUUACUUCAGUAACAAUUACAAUAAAUGACCUAAAAUUUUGUCCAAUUUGCUCAUUUUUCCUGAUUGUAAGAGUUAUAUUGAUUAUAGACAGGUGUUGUAAGGUUUGUUUGGAUGGUAAGUUGAUACCCUACAGUGAGAAUUAAAAAUUUCAGCACCAAAAAUAAUAUGUUAUUGCCUCGACAAGGGCACUUUUUUGAGCAGAAUUUGAGGUCAUUUAGGGUGUGUGUUGAUGUGAUACAUGUUAUAAAUGUACAAAAAAACUAAGUUAAUUAAAUCAUUGUUGAAAUUUGUAGAUAAGAAUAUUUUGUCUCACAGUUACAUAUUACGUGUAUGUAAUCGAUUUUGGGUUUCAAUUUUGUAUGUAAAGUCCCAAAAUUUGAUGUAAGAUUUCAGAUUUGUUCAAAUUUAUUUUUUUGGACUUAAGUGGGUGCUUUUACACAAGAUGAAAGAUUAUGCUUCUAAUUGAGUUACAAUUGAAACAUCAAAAAAAUAUAACCUACGGGAGCAAAGAAAAUAUUCGUAUUCUGCUAUUUUUAUUACUGAGGUCAGAAAAUAGAAACUCUGUCAGAAAACUUAGACUGUGAAUACUUUUCAGACAGGAUUCAAUAUGCAGUUUUUUUUUUUGGUAUAUAAUCAGGAUUAAUAUUAAUGUUUAGCAUAGGUAUUAUUAAGAAAAUAUUACAGAAAACAGCCCUUUUGUCAUUUACUAAUACAAAUUCACUUUGGAUCUGAUAUUUUCAUAAUACUGAAGAUGUUUGAUUGGUUUAUUUGAUUGUGGGAUGAUUGCACAGGAUGUAAGUUUGUAAAGGGAGGUAAUCCAUGGUGUUCAUGGUUGGAUGGACCACCAAAAUUGCACAUCUUUUGAUCUACAUGUUGUAUUUGUGUCAUUGUACAAUCAGUAACUGCCUCUGAUUUCUUCAGUUAUGAAUCUUGAUUUUGAACAAGCUAUAAUUACCUCUUGCUUUGAUAUUUCAAUGAUACAUUUUUAACCUUUUGCAUUUAAUAUUUAUAUACACAUUAAGGAGUAAGAUUUUCUCAGUCCUACUCAGCACAAGAAUAUUUCACUUUUACAACAGCUUCAAGUUUAUGGAUAAGGAAACUGAUUAGAACUUAGUGGCAACCCCCAGGUGCUAGGUACCUGACAAAUCCCUUGAUAAUCACAUGUUCUAGCCAAACAAACAGGAGCUAUUGAACACACAACCUUGUCUAGAUCAGGACACCUUAAACAACCUAGCCAAUCCAGACCCAUUGUGUGUACUAGCUAUACAACUAGAACUGAACUCCUGAAGAUGUAUGCCUGGCGUUUGGGUGUCUGCUUGAAGCUACUACAAGGGAACGAAGGUUGAAGAUGGGGAAAUAAUCUGAUGUAGGUCACUGUGUUCUUACUGAUUAGGGGAAAUAUGGGUUUUCUUAAUGGGUACGUGAUCCCUACCUGUUUACACACUGCCCCCCUGGUAAGUGAUCUCUACCUGUUUACACACUGCCCCCCUGGCACUAACUGGUAUUUAAGGUUGAAAUCUCUUUGACAUUUUUUUUUUUUUUUUUUUUUCUACCUUAAGUGACCGCCUCUGCUAUAACAACAUUUAUUGCUUUAUUACUGCUAUGUAUAUGCUUAACCAUGGGGGAAUAAUGGGUGUACCAGUAGUCCUGAUGAGUACAAGGCUAUUUCCCACUCAGGUAUAAAAUGUUACUAUGCCGAGUAAAAGAAACAUAGCAGUAAAAUAGUGGUAGUCGUUCAAUUAUAUGGAAGUUUUAGACUGGGUACUAUCUCCCUUUACAUAAGCUGGUCCAAAAUGAUAUGCCUGCAUCCACAUACAAUUUAGCUGGCAUUGGAUUCAAGUUUUCAUUGUACAGUUUACUAUUAACAAAAAAUUUGUUCAGUGUUUCUGAAUAUCAACUCUUAAAAUCAUACAAUUUAAAUAGAUUCUAUUGUGUAUGAUAGUGUACCGUAACUGCAUAUGGUCCAAUUAUGUGAAUGUAGAUAUAUAUUUUAUGUAUUUAUUCAGAAUACACAAAAUUGUGAUAUAUACUAACAGAUCUUAAUUACACAUAGCUGGGAAUUGUUAGAAUAUUUAUACUCUGUAUACAUAUGUUUUGUGCAAGUUGUCAGAGCAGAUUUUAAAUAGUUACACGCUCAAAACAGAAUGCACAAGUGACCAUUUAUAUCACAUGAAUAUUAAACUCUUGUUCAUACUGAAAUUCCGAUUAUUAUUAUUAUUAUUUUUAUUAUUGUUUUUAUUAUUGUAUAUGUAUAUUGACUCUGUAAUUGUUAGUUGAUUUUUUGAACAAGUAAAGUUUCAGCUGUAGCCUUUUUAUAGACUGGACAGAUAUAGAAAGCUUACUCAAGAUGAAAGGUCAUGGGAUCGUGCAUAUUUUUUUUAGAGCCGAUAUAUAUCAUUCAAGGUUUUCAUCUUAGGUCAGGAGCUAGGUUGUAUGAGCGUGUAUUCUGGAAGUAGUCCUACAUUAUACUGUAUUGCUACUGUUUUAAAAGUUAAGAAAAUUAUACCCCUUUCACCUCAUAAAUGUGCAGUACACCACAAUAAGUAAACCGGCUGUUCAUGACAGCCAGUACCAUACUGCAGGUAUUACAUUAUAAUGCUAGUUUUGAAAUUCAGCGAGAAUUUGGUUUUCUAUUUUACCAUAGAAUUGUUAGAUUUUUUUUGUUCUUUUUACUUAUAGGUAUGAAUGGCAUUAAAACAUUAUGAAUGGGUGGAACAGAAAGGAUACAAAAGUUUUAAAGACAGUGUCUUAUUUAUCGUUGGAGAUAUAGACAUGAAAAUAGGAUUUACUGGGUUUUUUUAUGCUUCACAGAGGAUGAAAUAGAAAACCUAUUUCUGUGGUAAAGGUAGAUUAUUUUGGAUCAUCAUCAUUGCUAUGUACUGUGUGUCAGUUGGUCAGAAGCAGGAAUGCCUAGUGUUUGCUUGAAGAAAGUGUUUACCCUUAAAAAAAUUUAUGUGUAUACCUUUUUCCUUUAUUUGUUCUCAUCAUUAGAUUAAUGGUGAUAUUUUUUAACUGAUAAUAAACUGCAAG